GAGUUAUAAAAAGCAAGCUUAUCAUAAUUUUUUUUUAGUCUGUUUCUUUAAUCUGCUAUUAUCAUACUCUUGACUAUAUACAUACGCUAUACAUAAAUAUAAAGCGAGAUGAAAAUUUACUUAAGUUGCAUUUUCAGUUUAAUCUUUCCGUUAAUAGUAUCAUGCAAAAUGUCUGUAAAAAUCAAACGGAUAGUAGAAGCCACGGGGUUAUCAGAAGGACCUCAUUGGGAUGAACGUAGUCAAAUGCUUUUUUACGUUGAUAUUUAUGCAAACAAAAUAUACAGAUACAAUCCAGAAAAUUCGAAAGUCACCUGGGCAUAUAUUGCGCAUGGUCCAGUGGGAUCCGUAGUUCCAGUUGAGGAUAAACCAAAUACAUUUGUGGCUGGUUGCAGUAAGGAUAUUAUUCUUGUCACGUGGGACGGUGAAAAUAAUUGUACAGACACUCCAAUUAGAAAGUUGGCGACAGCAUUAAAACACAGUCAGGGCACACGAUUCAAUGAUGGAAAAGUUGAUCCAAUGGGAAGAUUUUGGACUGGAACAUACACUGAAAGAGGACAAGAAUUAUUUUUACCUAAUGAAGGAGAAUUAUAUAGUUUAGAUUCUAAUAAAAUUUUGACAACCCGAGUCAAAUCAGUUUCCAUCAGUAAUGGUCUCGCUUGGAGUUUAGAUAAUAAAAUUUUAUAUUACAUUGAUUCACCGACGCAAAAAAUUGCCGAAUAUGACUACGAUCUGCAAACAGGUUCUAUUGAUAACAAAAGAAUAGCUUUUGAUCUAGUAGAAAAUAAUCUCCCUGGAAUUCCUGAUGGAAUGACAAUUGAUUCUGAUGGCAAUUUAUGGAUAGCUUUAUUUGAAGGAGCUCAAGUAAUUCAAAUUAAUCCAAGAACUAGAAAAUUAUUAAGAUCCAUAAAAUUGCCAGCAAAAAGAGUAACAAGCGUUGUUUUUGGUGGUACUUCAUUAGAUAUUUUAUAUGUCACUACUGCCGGUUAUGGUUUUUCUAUUCAAAAUGAACAAACGCCUACAGAUGAUAUUCAAGGAGGAUCAAUUUAUGAAAUUAAAGGCACUGGUGCUAGAGGUGUUGCAGCUAAUCUUUAUAAGAUUAAUAAAUAAAAAUAUUCAACAAUUUUUUGAUAAUAAAAAAAGUGCUACAAACUAAUAAAUAAUUAUUUUUUUAAGUUUUUUUUAAUUGAAAUAAAAGAAUAAAAUAAAAA